AUGCCCCAAUACCACACCUCUUCGAACUCGAGCGGCAGCGUCGAGAGAUACCAUACCAGUAACCCUCGACGAGAAGGCCGAGACCGCAAAGAUCCUCGCCCAACUCCAAAACGGGAGGUCGUUGUCAUCCACCACAACACCACCACUCGCGACGACCCUGUACGAACCUCGGGCAUGAGCCACAACCGGUGGAAGUAA